AAAGUAAUUUGUUGUAACGUUUCUGUUUCGGUGCAAAUAAUCGCUCGCAGUUUAUUCCAAAAUGGAAACCUUGAUGGGAAUUCGUGGUCCAGACUUUGUGAUGCUAUCCGCCGAUAGCACGCACGCUCAUUCGAUCAUGGUACUGAAGGACGAUGAGGACAAAAUCUACAAGGUAUCGGACAACCUGAUGAUGGCCACGAUGGGAGAAGCCGGAGAUCGUGUGCAGUUUACAGAGUACAUCAGCAAGAACAUCCUGCUGUACAAAAUGCGUAACGGGUACGAGCUCGGACCGAAGGCUGCGGCCCACUUCACGCGCCGUAACCUGGCUGAUUACCUUCGCUCACGCACCCCAUACCAUGUCAACAUUCUCGUCGGAGGGUAUGAUGAGGUGGACGGACCACAACUGCAUUACAUCGACUACUUGGCCAAUUCACUGCCGGUCAAACACGGGGCUCACGGUUACGGUGGCAUGUUCGUGAAUAGUAUUUUCGACCGGUACCACCACGAUAAAAUAACGCAGAAGGAAGCGUACGAGAUUUUCCGCAAGGGUGUCACGGAGAUUCAUAAGCGGUUGAUCUUGAACCUUCCGAACUUUAAAGUAGCCGUAAUAGAUAAGGACGGUGUCAAAUAUCUAGACGAUAUUACGCAGGAUUCUCUGAAACAGCCUUCCGCUGCUUAGGAGUGUUAAUUUUCGUCUGGUUCCUUUAACGAAGCAUCUUUGUGGGGAAGGCUUUUUUUCACGUAUUCUGAAUAAACAAAAAUCAUU